UGGUCCGUCCACAAGAUGGCGACCUUUGACAGGUGACGAUGUCGGUUAACAGCCAGGACCAACACGUCACUUCCUCUUCCUUGUCCUUGGUUGGUUGCAGCAUCGUCGCUGUUCGGGAGAAACACAUGGCUAAACUGAGCAAGGAGACCAAACUGCGGCUGCAGCAGCUGUUCCAGUGCGGCCAGUUUGUCAUCAGAUGGGGUUUUAUCCCAACUGUGCUGUACCUCGGUUUCAAACGAGGAGCAGAUCCAGGAAUGCCUGAACCCACAGUCUUGAGUUUGCUAUGGGGCUAAGGAGUGUCUCCACACAACCGGUCCCCUCACCUCAUCGAGACCAUGCGGCCCUCCAGUCAUUGGAAAUCCAAGAAAUGGACACUAUGUAUCCCUUCCCACCAUAAAUCCUACUGUCCAACGUCUGAGAAGUAUUGCUAUUUUUGGCCAUACUGUGUGUCGGUAUUUUGUUGGGAAUGUGUGACAGCGAUGUUUGGAUAUACCAUUCCAUGUCUUUCUUCUUUCAUUUGUAAUUUAAGAUAUCUGAGAAUAAAUCUACAAAGAACUGUCA